AAUAUCGAUACUUAAUCACAAAAAACUCAUAGUAUAAGUAUCGUGGUAAAUUACACCUGUGAGGCUUUUGUUUAUAAUUGAGAAAAGGCGCGAGAUAAACAGCUCUCACGAAAAAUCUCUUGGCGGGACAGAUUUAAAUCUUCUGCAGCUACUGUUCGCUUCAUAUUUAACAACCAUAAAUCUACUAAUUACGCCGUUACUGGGAUUGUUCAGGAUCCGCCAGCUGCGCGUUGAAAAGAAGUUGCCUCUCUUGAAAGCACGAAAACUCAAUAAACAGGAACGGGAGGUUGCGUGUCGAGGCUCGGGAUUCUGGGAUACGCGUGGCGGAAAUCGUCGUGACGACGAUGAAGGCUUGCAAGGUCCCGGCGAGCACGCAGGAAGACUGCGGCGUGUGGCUGGACACCGCGGACCUCCGCAGGAAGAGGAAACCGAUCCGCCCCCCCCGCCCCAUCUCCAGGCUGCUGAACCCGCUGGGGCCCUCGGGGGCCUACAGAGUCCCCGCCGUUCUGAGCUUCACACAGACCAGGCUGCAGUUUCCCGCCACCGCCCAGAGCUCCAUCACCUCCUUCCUGUCCCCGCGUCGCCAUGGUGACGCCGCCCCACCCUCCUCACUGCCUCUUGGUCUCGGCUCCCGCAUCACCCAGAGUGCUCCACCUGCCCCUGGUUUGCCGUGGAGUCGGAGUGAGAACAAGGCUCCAGAACGGGUCAUAGUUCUGUCCGCUUCCUGUCGGGGUAAGGAAGAGGCGGAGUCUGCUGCUAUAAUGGCCACGCCUCUCUCCCCACCGGACGUUACAGCAAUGCUGAAGAAGAGGAAACAUUUCGGCAGGCCCGAGGAGCCAGCCAAUCAGAGAGUUGGGGGUGUGGUCCCUCCUUUAAGGCCCCUCCCUCAGGACAGUGCAGGAGGCGGGGUCAGGGGGGGCUGCAGGGUGCUGGGGGCGUGUUCAUUCCCCCUGCCGGUGGAGGACGAAGAGGAGGAGCCUGCUAAAAAGAGGCUCAGGGCCCCAAGUAACACAGAGACCCUGCCCUGCCAUCUCACCCAGCGUGACCCCGCCCUGUCCCACCGCGGUGAGGGGAAAGAGAACAGCCAAGGACCCCCGCUGCCUCCCUCCUCUCCCCUCUCCCCCAAACCCACGCCCUGGAGGAGGGAGUCCCCUUGCCUGUCGCCGUGGAAACGCCCCCUGCGCGACCUCCCGGAGACGCAGGUGGUGAGCCGCUCCCAGCUGUUCACCCAGGACUCGGAGGGCCGACAGGUAAUGGCUCACCGCGGCGCCCAGAGGACCCCCCUGCUGGACUGCACCAACUUACCCCCCUGCAGGGAGCUGCCCGGGACUGUACCAUCCCAGCCUCCCCUGCAGGGGGAGCCAGACUCUGAGCUAAGGCCAGAGCUGCUGUUCACACAGGACUCCGAGGGAAACAGGGUUAUCAAGCACUGAGCGGCACCAUAGAGUUUGCACACAAACCAGGUAGUACACCAUAGACUCUCCGCACUCACACCAGACACUGGAAAGUCCAGGGCUCAGAAAAUGGAAGCACUGCCACGUCCACCCAUUAACUCAGGGGGCUGGCUGCACUAAUUUGGGAUGAAGAAUUGCGCUAAUUGGCAAAUCCAGGUGACUGGGACGAAGUACAGUGGAGGACUUUAGCUUUCUGAACCUGGAUUCUCCACCACUGCUGCGUUGCGUGGAAGGUCUCGUCUCCCUAACAUUUGAGAUCAGAUGUGCGUCUUCUGAAUAUUUAAGUGGUGUCUGUCCCACCACAACUUUAUUAGCAACCCUCUGUAGCCAAGAAGCUGACGGAAGGAACAUAUGAGGUGAGCACCUUGUGAGCAAAUAGAAUCUGUGGCCUUCCGCUGGAUGAACGAGGGAGGGCGGGGCUUAAUGUCAUGACCUCUUGGCUGUGUGACAGCGCGCUCUGGUGGCAGAAUGAGAGCA